GUGGCAGAGUGCGGAAGUGAAUCAGGUGUUUCGAAUUAGGUGGUGUUUUAGGGCGUGUCCACUGACCGUCGACUCUCCAGUGACAGAAACUAAAGUCUUCCUGUGUCCACAAACGUUCUCCUAAAGACAACAGUCAGCUCGGUGUCUCAUUAUGGAAACUUCAGUAUCCAAAGCCAACACUGCCUUUUCCCUGGCUUUGUUCAAAAAGCUGAGCAAGGACAACGAAUCCGGAAAUGUAUUCUUCUCCCCCUUUAGUAUCUCUUCAGCUCUAUCCAUGGUGUUGCUGGGAGCCCGUGGUAACACCGCCACACAGAUGUCACAGGUCCUGUGCUUCACUGAGAAGCAGGAUGGAGGCACAGAGUCGAUGGAGCAGCAGAUGGAGCAACAGGUUCAGUCCAACAGACAGCAGCCACGUUGCCCACCAAUGGAGAGAGAAGCGGUUUCUGAAGCCCAUCGUGGUUUUUCCCAGCUGCUGCUUGAGCUCAACAAGCCCGACGUUCCAUAUUCCCUGAGUUUGGCCAACAGGCUGUACGGAGAGCAGUCCUACACGUUUCUUGAGAAUUUUUUGUCAGCUACCAAAAAGCACUACAUAGCAGAGCUGGAGACUGUGGACUUCUUGUCCAGUGCAGAAGCAGCGAGGCUCAACAUCAACAGCUGGGUGGAGAAUCAAACACAAGGGAAAAUCAAGGAUUUGCUGGUCCAGGGUGUGUUGGACAGUCUGACCAAGCUGGUGCUGGUUAAUGCAAUCUACUUCAAAGGCAAAUGGGACAGUCAGUUCAAGGAGAAUGAGACAUGUGAUGAGGAUUUUAAAUUGAACAAGAAAGACACUAAGCGGGUGAAGAUGAUGCACCAGAAAGCGAAGUUCCCUCUCACCUACAUCCCUGAAAUCAACUGCCAGAUCCUAGAGAUGCCUUACAAAGGGAAGGACCUCAGUAUGCUCAUCUUUUUGCCCAAUGAAAUUGAAGAUGAUACAUCAGGUCUGGAGAAGCUGGAGAGAGAACUGACCUUUGAAAACUUUAUGGAGUGGACUCGUCCAGACAUGAUGGAUGAAACAGAAAUCCAGGUGGGGUUGCCACGUUUCAAGAUGGAGGAGAAGUUUGACCUGAAAGAUGUCUUGACCAACAUGGGCAUGGUGGAUGCUUUUGACAUGGCAGCAAGUAACUUCUCUGGUAUGUCUCCCACCAAUGAUCUGACAUUGUCAAAAGUCGUCCACAAGGCUUGUGUGGAAGUCAACGAGGAGGGAACCGAAGCUGCAGCCGCCACAGCCGCCAUCGUGAUGCUGCGUUGUUUUCGGAUCCAGCGCCCCUUCAUUGCAGAUCACCCAUUCCUCUUCUUUAUCAGACAUAACAAGACCAAGAGCAUUCUGUUUAUUGGCCGUUACUGCAGCCCUGAAUGAGUUUGUUUUCUCACCCUCAUCUGAUUGUUGUAAAUCUGAUAAGAGUACAAUAUCAAAAUGAAAAUUGAGAAACACAGUUGCAAUUUGUGUGCACACCACAACUUUCCUGUACAUUGCCGAUAUGAAACAGAGUUCAACACUGUUUUUUAAUAUGAUGAAUUUUCUAACCUAAUCAUCAACAGGUGUGUGUACACACUCUGUUAACAGUGUGCCUUUUCCUAGCAAUAGCUUUGUGGACUUGAUAUUCGUUGCACCUUAUUGAGCAGCUUUAGGAUGAUAUUUUACUUUUACUUUUAAAGCCCUUUUUGUUGCGACCUUUUUGUUGGGUUCUCUUUGCACCUAGAGGUUGUCUUAUUUUAUAAUUUGCAUAAUUUUAAAAAGUUUUUGUUGUUCACCUGACAAUGCAGACACCAGCUGAACAUUUAUGGCACCUAAUGAUCAGAAAGUGGAAAGAUUUUCUGUGCUUUAUCGGUUCUGUUUGAAUUAUAUAGCCAAAAAUCACAGCUUGCCUAUGUGGACUUUAUCUUGUCCAAAGUACACGACAGCUUCUUGUAAAGCCUCCACAGGAUGAGGACAAAUCCGUAGACGUGCACGCAUUGCCACACUUAAUAUCAGUAGUAGAAAUGCAGUGUACAACAAAAAUGUGAUGUCAUCAUUUGAUACGGUUCAUUUAGCAAAGACAAGCUGUCAGAAAGAGUGAAGUGUCCUUUACACAUUGUAACUGCACAGUGCCGUUACAUUUAACUGGAAAUUAUGCUUCCAAUGAAACUAAGUACAAAGACAACAGAUUUUGUUAAGUUCAAAAAUUAAAUUGAGUCCAGUCUAUUUUGUAUUUGCUUUCACGUGUUGAAUUAAAGUGUGUAGUUGCCAGA